AUGACAAUAUAUCUCGAAAAGGCCUUGGUGGAAUCUAUAAUAAUAGUUAUCCUCGUCCUCAUCUUCCUCAUCACAUCAUGUUCGCCCGAUAAAUCAUCUUGGUCCAGACCUUCCAGGGAGAUACCGAAAGGGGAGAAACAUGAUAGGCCAGAAUGCGAUAGAAAUAGGAGCGAUAGGGAUAGGAAUGACAAACAGGAGAAAGAUCAGGGCGAUAGAACCAAAUCUUCUGAUCAGGAUAAAGAUAGGGGAAAGAGAGAUGAUGAUGGAAAGAAGAUGGAUGAACCUUCUAGUUCGGAUUCGGAAACUUCGGAUUCUACUCCUACACCGACUCCAGAUGAUGGCUCGACAGACGAUACUUCGAAUGAUGGACGGACCUCAGAUACGGACACGGUGGCAGACACUCCAGGAACUCUCAAUUGGUCGGCUCAGUUGGCGGAUAAUUUCAGAUUGAAUAUCAAUAAUUCAGAUGGGAAUUUUAGGGUCAAUUAUCAUGGCUAA